CCACACGCCCCCAGCCAGAAGCGGACCACUCCCAAGAAAAAAACAAAAAUGCUAGCUUUAUCGUCACAAAAGAAGCGCCAACAAAUUUGGAUCCAAUUCCUUCCUUCCUUCCUUCCAUCGCAUCGUAUCUUCUUCAUCUAAUCCGUCAUAUUGAAAGGCCACCGGCUCUUCUCUUCUCCUCUCCUCCCCUCCCUUUUUCUUUCUCAGUGAUAUUUUCAUAAGCUUCGUCUUGAUCGAUUCAGGAUUUUAAUUGGUAAAAUAGUCAUGGAUCGGAUUACCAUGGCGGCACGUCUCAUGAUAGUAUCUGAUCUUGAUCAUACAAUGGUUGAUCAUCAUGAUCCUGAGAACAUUUCUUUGCUUAGGUUUAAUGCACUGUGGGAGUCGAAUUAUCGCCAUGACUCUCUGCUGGUCUUCUCCACUGGGAGGUCACCCACACUCUACAAACAGUUGAGGAAAGAGAAGCCCAUGUUGACUCCUGAUAUAGCUAUUAUGUCAGUGGGAACUGAGAUAACAUAUGGCAGCUCAAUGCUACCGGAUGAUGGCUGGGUUGAAUUUCUGAAUCAGAAAUGGGAUAGGAAGAUAAUAACUGAAGAAACCAGCAAGUUUUCUGAGCUCACUCUUCAGGCUGAAACAGAGCAGCGACCACACAAGGUUAGCUUUUAUGUCGAUAAGACUAAGGCCCAGAUAGUGAUGAAGGAACUUUCAGACUGUUUGGAAAAGCGAGGGGUAAGACUCAACUUACUACCAAGGCUGGAUGUUAAAAUAAUUUAUAGUGGAGGAAUGGAUUUGGAUAUAUUACCACAAGGUGCAGGCAAAGGACAGGCUCUUGCAUAUUUACUGAAAAAGUUUAAGACUGAGGGAAAACCACCUAUUAAUACUCUUGUCUGUGGUGAUUCUGGAAAUGAUGCUGAACUCUUCAGCAUUCCAGAAGUGUAUGGAGUCAUGGUCAGCAAUGCCCAAGAAGAAUUGUUGCAAUGGCAUGCUGAAAAUGCAAAAGGUAACCCUAAUAUAAUCCAUGCAAAAGAAAGGUGUGCAGCUGGAAUCAUAGAAGCCAUUGGACGUUUUAAACUUGGAUCAAACACUUCUCCAAGAGAUUGUGCUGAUUUUAUGGAAUAUAAGCUGGAUAUUGUCAAUCCUUGUUACGAAGUAGUGAACUUUUACUUGUUCUAUGAGCGAUGGAGGCGAGGGGAGAUUGACAACUGUGAGACAUAUAUAGCAAGUCUGAAAGCUUCUUGUGAUCCGUCAGCUAAUUUUGUCCUUCCAUCCGGUGUUGAGAAAACUCUUCAUGAAUGCUUACACACAAUGAAAGGGUACCAUGGAGACCAAAAGGGUAAACGGUUCCGGGUCUGGGUGGAUCGUGUAUUAUCCACACCAAUUGGUUCAAACACAUGGCUUCUGAAGUUUGAUAAGUGGGAGUUAUCUGGUGAUGGACGGUAUUGUUGCGUGACCACUGGUAAAAUAAGUGCAAAGGGAUCCAAUCCUUCGGAGGGGUGCUCUUGGGUGAAUCUACAGCAAAAAUGGUUAGAAGGAUUUGAAAUGAAGGAUGAUUCAACCUGGUUUUUCUAGGGUAUUCUGCAACAACAUUUUGACUCUAGAAUCGGUAUAAAGUUCUACAGAAAUAAAAGUAUCCAAAUUUUAAUAUUAGUUCUUUUUUACAUUUAUUUCGAUAAUUCAUAUGCGACUUAGGAGAUGGCACUGUGAUGAAUAAACUGAGAUACCAUGGCUCAUCUCUUCUUGGAUACAUCUUAUUUUCAUAUUUUUGCAGUUUAUAGUAUAUCCAUGAAUUAGAAAUUUGCAUUUCUGUUUAUAUCAUUUGGUUUCGAACCCGAUACUGCCUCUAAAAUUGCUAUUACAUUUGAUCUCCCUUUGUUUAUU